AUGGGUAUCGUCGCGUCAUUGAUCGCUUGCUUCGCACAACAGAAUCCCCGACAACAUCUGCUACGCCAGCUACGUCGAUGUACUUUUACCAUUCCAGACCUGCAGAAGGUAUUCGAACAUUGGCCUCAGGCGACCAGUCCUGAUGUUGGCCGUCUAGAGAAAGAUGUGGAGGCCAGGAUAGAGCAUUUCUUCCCCGAUGGAAAGAUUGCCCGCAAGAUGAGAGAUGCAAAGGUCGCCGAAUUUGGAGCCAGCUGGUGGCCCUAUGCAUCUCGGGACCGUUUGUGCAUUGCUACAUAUCUGUCCCUCUGGCUCUUUGCCUGGGAUGAUGAGACCGACUCGACUGAAAUCUCGGACCUGGUUCAUCACGAGCAGCGCGCAUCUACAUUCCGUGAAGAAACGAAGUCCUUCAUCCACGCGUCCCUUUCAGACGAAUGUGAACUAUCCCAUCUGGCAUCUCUCCCCGGUGCUAGUAAUCCAUUCAUUGCAAAUUUCGGGACCAUUGGUCGGGCAAUUGCAAAAUCGUAUACACCAGAGCAACGCAGACUCUUCCAGGGCGAAUUGGACUACUUUCUGGAGAUGACGCAUCUUGAGCAGCUUGUUCAGUCGAGCAACGAGCUUCCCACAGUUGAAGCCUACUCGCGCCGGCGAAUGGGGUCAGGGGCCGUCGGUGUAUGUCUAGCUAUUACCGCCUACGCCUAUAAGAUGGAUAUUCCACCUAUUCUGAUGAAUGCGAAAGAAAUCCAGAAGCUUUGGGACCUAACUAACGUUAUCAUCUGCACAACAAAUGAUAUAAUGUCCUUAGGAAAAGAGAUCGAACACGACCAAACCGACUCCCUCAUCCCACUACUCUACGCCGAACGCGGUGGCCCUCUUCAGGAUGCCGUCGACACAGCUGUCCACACUGUGCGCGAGUCGGUCGCUGAGUUCGAUCGAGUCGCUGAUACCUUCCUCAUCGAUAAACAGGAUGACCCUCAGCUUCUUAACUUGAGCAACUUUAUUGAUGGCUGCAAGUUUGCUUGCACUGCAAACCUGAACUGGGGAGAAAACGUUCAGCAUGACCUGCCUAUAUCUCAGGUGCUGACCCAGGCGACUGAGCAUCCUAACAUUCUUUCAGAUUCCUAG